UCCUGGAAGGAGAUAAGAAUGACCUAAUUAAAUAUCUCCCCUGCUCACAGACAUUUGCAUUGCACCUAACAAAGACCAGGUUUUUUGUGUCUCCACCGAUCCACAUCAAUGGCUCUUGUGAGAACAACUCAAGGAACAUCCUCCAAUUCCAACACUCGUCGGGGUUAUCAUUACGACGUGUUCUUGAGCUUUAGAGGUGAAGACACUCGCAAGACGUUUACCGACCACCUCUACACAGUUUUGAUCAGCGCAGGAUAUCGCACAUUUCGAGACGACGAUGAACUCGAGACGGGAGAAGAUAUCAAGUCAGGACUGAAGCAAGCAAUCCAAAUGUCCCGAACUUCUGUCAUUGUGUUUUCGAAAGAUUACGCGUCAUCCAGAUGGUGCCUUAACGAGCUUGUCGAGAUCGUUGACCACAAGAGGACUAGCUCGGACCAUGUGGUUGCACCGGUCUUCUACGAUGUUGAUCCAUCCCAUGUGAGGAAGCAGACAGGAAGCAUUGCCGAGGCAUUUGCUAGACACCGGAAAACUGAACCCCCCGACAUGAUGGAGAGAUGGAGGAAGGCACUUGCAGAGGUUGCAGAUCUAGCUGGGAAGGUUUUACAAAAUCAAGCUUAUGGGUACGAGUCAAAGUUUAUCAAGGAUAUUGUUAAAGUGAUUCGUGAUAAGCUAAGUCGCACACACUUGAGCAUUGAAUCAAAACUGGUUGGAAUCCAUUCUCGAGUCGAACACAUCAAUUUAUGGUUACAAGAUCCAUCACAUGAUGUUGGUGUACUUGUUGUUUAUGGGCUGCCUGGAAUAGGGAAGACAACCAUUGCAAAAUGUGUUUACAAUUCAAACUUUGAAAGUUUUGAAGGAAGCAGCUAUGUUGAAAGUAUCAGAGAAACUGCAAGUCAUCCAGACGGCUUAGUUCGAAUACAAAAGCAAAUUCUUUGUGAUAUUUUAGACGGGAAAAAAGAGAAAAUACACAAUGUUAGUGAGGGAAUAAUUAAGAUUGGAAGAGCCAUAAGCUCGAGAAGAGUUCUUCUUGUUCUUGAUGAUGUGGACCAUAUGGACCAAUUUGAUGCAGUACUCGGAAUGAAAGAUCAGUUUUAUCCUGGAAGUAAAAUAAUCAUAACAACCAGGCGUAAAAGCUUGCUAAAGGCACAUGACGGUAUUACGGUGCAUGAAGUUGGACCUUUGGGUUUCGAUGAAUCAUUGGAGCUCUUAAGCCAGCAUGCUUUUGGCCAGGAUCAUCCCCUUGAAGGUUAUGAGAAAUAUUCUGAGGAAGUCGUACAACACAGUGGAAGACUUCCAUUAGCUCUCAAAGUUUUGGGUUCUUCUCUUUUCAGGGAACCUAAACGUGUAUGGAAAAGUACAGUGGAGAAGUUAAAAGUUAUUCCAAAUGGUGAAAUCAUGAAUAAAUUGAGAAUAAGCUACGACUCUUUACAAGAUGACCAUAACCAGAAAUUAUUCCUCCAUAUUGCUUGUUUCUUUAUUGGAAAGGAUGAAGAUUACAUUGUCAGAAUACUAGAUGGAUGUGAUUUCAAGACAAUCUGUGGCAUUCAAAAUCUCAUUGAUCGGUGCUUGGUGACAAUUGAUAGGGACAACAAGUUGUCUAUGCAUGACAUGAUUCGUGACAUGGGACGAGAAAUUGUUCGCCAAGAAUCAUAUGAGCCUGAGAAUCGUAGUAGAUUGUGGCGCUCUGAGGAUUCUUUCGAAGUAUUGAGAGAAAAGAAUGGUACGCAAGCAAUUGAAGGUCUUAUGUUGGACAUGCAUGAACUGCUUACAAACAGCCCUAUAAACUCAAACGAGAAUGUCUUGGAAACCAAUUCAUUUGCAAGGAUGCACAAACUGAAACUACUCUGUCUUAGACAUGUACGACUGGAUGGAUGUUAUGUAGAACUUCCGACAUGAUUAAGAUGGUUGUGCUGGCUCGAAUUUCCUUUGGAUUCAAUUCUUGUUGAUUUUUCUUUGGAGAAAUUGGUAGUUCUUGAAAUGCCAUAUAGCAACUUGAGACAACUCUGCAAAAGAGCAAACUUUCUUCCUUCGUUGAAGAUCCUUGACGUCAGCCAUUCCCAUGGCCUUACUGAAAUCAUUGACUUCUCACUUUGCCCCAAACUAGAGGAAUUGAUUCUUGUGGAUUGCACCAGCCUGAUUGAUGUUCAUGAAUCCAUUGGAAA